AUGGCUGUGCACAAAAUUAAGAUUAAUGCUUCUGUUCCAGGUGUUCUCUGCAGUAAGUGGAAGGUAGACUAUCAACAGCCUCAUAUGUGUGUAGUGAAAGGAUCAUCUGUUGUCAUUCUUUGUUCAUUUUCCUAUCCUGACAAUCACAUAGUACAGGAAGUCAUGUGGGGACACAAAAAUAUUUUUGCAGAUUUUAACAUUUCCAUGACAAAACUCAAAAGACACGAAUCAAUCCAGGAAGGCGACUCUGUGAAUCUUACUUGCACAGACAGAUGUGAUGUUGGCAACUUCUCAUCUGUCUUCACCUGGUUUAAGAAUGGAGAAUACCUGCAGGAUGGACGAGUGCUGCAAUUAAGAAAUGUUUCCUUCACAAACUCUGGAAACUACACUUGUUCUCUAAAAACAGGCAUAGAAACAACUUCAGGAGUCCGACAUGUUGAUGUUGAAUUGUACUGGUGGACAGGCACCAGAGAUCAGAUUGCUAUCUGUACUUCUAUUGCUGCACUCCUCAUCGUGGUCACUGUUGUUGCCAUCAGAAGUGACUCGUGGGAGGAACACCUACAACAUCUAAAGGUGGUGAUGGCAAAGAUCCAGCGAGCUGGUUUGAUCUGA